AUGAUCGCCGUGUCCAUCCCCGCGGCGGAGCCCCCGGCGGCGGCAGCGCGCAGCCCCGAGCGGGCGCACACGGUGUUCCGGGUGGAGGUGCUGUGCAAUGGCCGGCGGCACACGGUGACCAAGCGCUACAGCGAGUUCCAGGCGCUGCACAAGCGGAUCAAGAAGACCUGCAAGGUGCCCGACUUCCCCCCCCGCCAUGUGCCCAACUGGAUGCCCAAAGCGCUGGAGCAGCGCCGGCAGGCCCUGGAGGUUUACCUGCAGGGUGUGCUGUACCACAACAAGGAGCUGCCCCAGGACAUCCUGGACUUCCUGAAGGUGCGGCGGUGCCAGCAGAGCCCCAAGGGCAGCAGCCCCCCCAGCACCAGACUCCUGCCCCCCCAGCGCCCCACUGUCGGCUUCUGCUCGGAUCCCUACGUGCGGCCACACGGCCCCGAGCUGCUCCCCAACACCGUCCUCAGCGGGGUCCUGCAGGGCCUCUACCUCCCCCUGAGCCGUGUCCCGGCCUGGCAGCACCCCCAGACUCUGGAAUGA